GAAUAAUAGGAAAURCUCUGAGACCAGGUUGCAGCAAUAGGCCCAUGUCUAACAGAUGUGUAAGCAUCCAAACACAGCAACAUUAAACAUAGGCCCUACUGGGAAAUACAUAUUUAUUGAGGCUGUUGUUCAAAAUUACAUGAGAAAUGCUUAUCAUUGUAACCCCUACCMAUAUGUUAGGCKGCCACACACAGUAAAACRGGCAUUCAUUUAGGGCAAGCAGCAUUUAUCAGAUUAAACAUUCUGCUGGCAACCGAGUUUGCGAGGUGCCUCGUCUUUUUUAGUAAACGAUUUUAUAGGACAUGUGACUAAAUGACCCGCUCACAUGGCCGCUGUGUUUGCAUGAUCCGCUUUGGUUUUUAAAGUCCAGUGCUCGAGCUCGCUCUGCAACAACCAUCCGGAGCAGAAGAACACUAAAACGCACGACCUAACCGGACAAGCCAUGGCGAGCAGUGGACAAAAAGUAGUUCUGAUCACCGGUUGCUCCUCCGGCAUCGGGUUACGAAUCGCCGUCCUGCUGGCCAAAGAUGAGAAGAAGCGUUACCAUGUCAUUGCCACCAUGCGUGACCUGAAGAAGAAGGAUAAGCUGGUGGAGACAGCAGGUGAUGCGUAUGGGAAGACCCUCAUGCUGCUGCCUCUGGACGUGUGCAGUGAUGAGUCAGUCAAGCAGUGCAUCAACAGUGUCAAGGACCGCCAUAUUGAUAUCCUCAUCAACAAUGCAGGUGUGGGCUUGUUGGGACCAGUGGAAAGCAUCAGUAUGGAAGACAUGAAGAGGGUGUUUGAGACCAACUUCUUUGGCGUGGUGAGGAUGAUUAAAGAGGUCAUGCCUGACAUGAAGAAGAGGCGGGCGGGAC